CAUCGCGAACAUAUACAUGUGUGCAGUUUUGAUUCGGAAAUAAAAUAGAGACAUUGUUAUGUCAGAAGGACGGAAAUAACUUGGAUCGCCAAUCUCGCUAUAUACGUAAUACAGCAUUUGUUUUGAUUUAAAGGCAGAAAUGGACUUUAACAAUGGUGGGAUCACUUAUUCGAUUGUUUUCCAAGCCAGUAGACAUUUUGAGAGUGGUUUUCAACAAAGAUAUAGCGGAAUCAAUGCAAACGACUGGCGGAUGCCUAUUAUACGUUACGGACUCAACUUCUUUGGAUGGAAGGAAAGACUCUUAAGUUCAAAUUACACAGGUAACUUUGAAAUCAGUCAACAAAACUGGAAUUCUUCUGCAAGAAGAGUAGACGCGGUAAUGCAUCUCUUCCUCAAUGGACUAAGAUACUUUGCUUGGGAGUAUAACGGUCUUGUGGUAGAGCGAUAUAUCACACAGGGAAGCGCUAGAGAUGGGUUGAAGGUCAUAGCCGCCGACGAGUUUGAUUCAAUGGUCCUUUUCAAAAUACCAGAGCUAUGGAAGUAUCUCGCUGCCGAUCGCGACACAGAAGAUCCUAGUUUCUGUCGAAUGAAAGUAGUGGGCCUCACAGGUUCUCAAAUCCAGCAUAGGUUUCCGCGCUUAUGUAAAGAAGGAGUAUUUAUCUUAUCUAAAAGUGGUGAUAUAUACUUUAGUUCAAAGGCGAUGCAUGAACAGGUAUUCGAGUCGAUGAUUGACAAAACAAUUGCGAGAAUAAACAACCUGAAAAAAGCUUGGAUCAAUGAAGUCAAACUGUCACGGAAAAUGAACCCACCCGCAAUCAAUAUCGAAAUACUAAACCGCGGUAUCAGACCAAGCCAUGGUACUCAGAGAAUUGCCAUCGACUUCGUUCCUGCCAUUUGCAUAGAUACAGAGUCAGUUAAAUUUCGCGGAUCUCUACGUGAGUUUCCUAUUUAUGCUGUAUGUAAAUGGCAAGGAAAACCAGAGACAGAUUGCCACACGUGGAGUGUCAAGUCCAAUUCAUAUGAAAAUGCUUUGAUAGAUGCCGCCCGCAAGGAUGAGAGGGGACUUCUCGUGUUGAAUGCAUUGAUGUUGGUCAAGACAUUCUUCCAGAAUGCUAAAACGAUGAACCUUCCUCUUCAGUUGGUCUAUGUAUUGAAAACAUAUCAUCUGAAGCAAAUCAUGCUGUAUUUGCUAGGAUUUCUUUGCUACAAACACACACAUAUCACAAUUGAUGGCACAGAGGCUGCAUUGAUCUAUUUUGUACGAGUAAUGGACAUGGUACUCAUGAAUAAAAGCUUGCCUCAUCUCUUCUUUUCAGACGUUGGUAUUUUGCAAAACGUGAUUCCUGGGUGUAAUUUGCAUUGCGGCCGUGACGUAAACCUUUUAGAAAAUGUUUCCACCGAAUCAGCCAGCCAAGCAAUGAAAGAUUUGGAGUUAAAGUUGAUGCCAGCUUUAGGAAUAAGGUGGGUUGACAAACGCGAUUUAGACCAAGGAAGCUUUUGCAACGAUUUCGUCACAAAUGUCCUGAAACAAAGGCCCCAGAUUGCAAAUUCAUACAUCAUCAAAUCAGCUGAAGCUUUGCAACAGCAGCAACAACAGCAACGACAAGAAAAACAACAACUCAAUCAGCAACAACAUUUCCUUACAAGAAUACAUCAGAUAGGAAACAUGAGGACAAUGAGAGGAUUCGCUGAGCAACGGCCACAAUCCGACCUCGUAGUCAAACAUUUCAAUGAAAGCCUAAACAGAUUUGAUUUAAGGGUUGGUACCGCACGUCCUCCUAGAUAUCAUCCGUAUAUAUUGCCUGAGGGCGUUAGGAAGUUUGCUGGUGCUACUCCGACUUAUUUCUAAACAAACAACAAUGUAUUGGUCUAUUCUGCGACAAUAUUAUGGCAUUGUAUGUAAAUACAUUGUCGAGAACAAUGAACUAUACUUCAACAACUGAAAAACUAUAAACAAGUAAUAUGAUAAUGCUGUAAAGGAUAGUGUCCCAUAAAUGCUUUUACUCGAUAAAAAAUAUGCUUUUGAACUUUUGAACAUUUGCAUACUAAAAACUUCAGGUAAGCAAUUUCAAAAAUGUUUAAAAAGUAUAUAUUUGCAGACUAAGGUGACACAUCAAACCUGAAUUUAACGUGACAAGGUUGAAUGUUUAGAAAGUUUUUUUCAGUUUGAUUUAUACACAUAUACUGCCUGGAUUAACUUCAUGCUUAUCUUUUUUAUUUCUACAUUUGUCGCGAACUUUUCGAAUAAGUCGUUGAAACCCUUUUUUUCAUAAUUGGUAUUUAUUCAUUUGAUGCAGAUGGUUAACAAUUAUUUGACCAUACAUAAGAUUGUUCUUUGUUAUCUAAUAAUAGUUCAUGUUACACUUAUACACUGUACCGUUUUGUACCGUUGAUCUUGUAUUUUUCAAACAUGAGUAAAUCAUCUUGUUAACUUUUUAUUUUGGCAUCGUUAAGGUUUAACAUGGUCUAUUUGCUACACUGGAGCUUUCAACCGUCUUGCAUAAGCAGUACUAGUUUUGUUAGCACGUGACUCCAUUCUACGAAUCCUCGUGCACUUCACAUGCAGUUUGGAGGUAAUAAUAAACAUGUAAAUAAGUUCACCAUUUGGUACGAAGGAUAUCAUUUUAUGGGACAAAUUGCACUUACUGUAUUCAGUUUAAAUUAGAUAACAAGUGUUUCAAAUCUACAUACGCUGAUUUUAAUUUACCAUCGGCUUGAAUACUGAAAUUUAUUAACGGGUGUUAUUGUUACAUUAAAUCCAGUGUUUCAAGAGUUGGCCUUAUAUAGUAGAGCUAAACAACGGCAUUUGCUGAUUCAUUUUCAUAUACACGGAGUGUAUUUUGUUUUUUUACAUUUGUUGUAACCCGUUAAUUUGAAGUUUCGAUUUUCGGUUAUUACAUUUCUCAACACACAUCUACAUGUCGCAUUACUUUUUGAUAAGAUUAGUUUCGCUUUACCUAUGUACGUGAAGCAUAACCAUUUGAGUGUCAUGUUCUUAUCAUUACAUACGCUUUU